AUGUCAAACCAUCAAACAUAUCAGAUCGGAGAUUACGUAUACGUGGAAGAAUCACCCGCAAUCCCCUAUCAGAUCCGAAAAAUUGUGGAGUUGGAUAGAUACAAUAGUAAUGAUGUCGAAAUGAAAGUUAAAUGUUUCUACCGUCGACGUGAAUUACCCCCAGAUGUUGCAGAACAGCAUUUACACGUAUUUUCAGUCGAGGCACUCAGUGAAAAGGAGAUCUAUGAUCUCAGUUUGCGGGAACUCUUUGUCUCACAGACCUUCGACAUCGUUCACGCAAAUCGUAUUCGUGGAAAAUGCAACGUCAUCAUGAUGGAAGAUGUAUUGGAUGAAAAUUUGGUAGACCUUAUCAAAGAAGAUGCCACGUUCUUCUAUCAUCUUUCCUAUGAUCCGGUUAAGAGAGUUAUCAAGUCUGACAAGGGAUACAUCCGUGUCGGCAGUGAAUUCCAGGCAACUAUUCCGAAUUUUAUCGGCUGCACCCAGAACAACAAUACCAACCAUACCUUGCACAACGAAAUAGAAACCCUAGUCUGGUCACCCCCAAACAACCUCUCCCCCUCCGACCUCGAUUCCUAUAUGACAAUGUGCAAAUCCCUGGCCACCUUGGCUAGGGCCAAUUAUCCCCCUUCCACCCUGCGUCACCCCACCUUAGUUUCGUGCGUAGCCUGCGCAAGCCGAGAUACCACCCUCCAAUUGGCCCUGGAUACUCUUCAACAAGCCGGACAUUCCAUCCGUCGGGCCCUGCAAGUCCUCGCACCACCCAGCCAACCACCAUUGCUAAAGUUGGAUCAAAUGGAGAUGUGGUCUAUUACGGAAGGAAAUCUGUUUCAGCAAGGACUACACAAGUUUGGAAAGUCAUUUCAGGAUAUUCAGACUGAUCUGUUGCCAUGGAAGACACUAAAGGUAACUUUGAGGACUCUUCAAAUGCCAAUUUUGGAGUGUAAAAAAUUAGGUUGUAGCACUCGAUUCCGAGUCGCGUCUGCUCUCUUCGCCAUAACGUUUGAGUGCAUUAUCGAGUUCUACUACAUGUGGAAAACCACCGACCACUACAUCCAACAGCGUCGAGCCAAGAGUGUGGAGGCAGAAAAACGCCUGAAGCACAUUUACGUUAAAGUGGAUCGGAAAGUUGAUCCCUCUGUUCUCUAUCAGGAAAAUUUCGCUAAAUGCGCAGGUUGUGGAAGUGUGUGCACUGCACAUUCUUACGGCAUUGGCUCUCCGCCAAAUCUUCUCAAAGUGUGCGGAAAUUGUUGGGUCAUCUGGAAGGAAUAUGGUGAUCUUAAGGAUGUUUCUGUUUAUGGUAUGCUCUAG